GACAACAACUGCCUAACGUACCCAUUAAUCCACCACCCCAAUACCCGCAACCCAGCCUCCAUUGCCCCUAAACCCUCCCAAACAAACUCGCAACCAUGGACUCCCUUGGCGGCGGCCUCGGCAACCUUGACCUAACCAAGCUCUCGGACCGCGACAAGCAAGAACUCCAACAAUUCGCCAUGAACGAGCAACAAAAAGCUAGGAUUCAAUCUUGUUAGUUCCUCUCCUCCCUUUUCCACUUCCCCAUUCCCACCCCACACCCCAUUGUAAUCCAACCACCACUCAUCAGCAGCCGAACAAAUUCUCAAAGUAACACAGCAAACGCUAACACAAAGGAAACAAAGCGAUACAUUCCCUCACCGAUACCUGUUUCCGCAAGUGUAUACCCGCGGGCACUGUCAAGGCUGGAAAGUUGGACAAGUACGAGGAGCCGUGUAUGCGACAGUGUGUGGAUCGGUUUUUGGAUGCGAAUAUGGUUGUGUUGAAGGAGUUGGAGAGGUUGAGGCAGUAGGUGUAAAAAGUGGAUGAGCGGGAGACUUGAAGGGAAGAUGUACGAUAUCAUGUUACAUUUAUGAGUCUGUGUACGAUAUCGCAUGGUGGCUGGCUACAUAUGUACGAGAUGCAUGUUAGCGUUUGGAAGUACUGUAUAAAGGCAUGCCAUAAAGCGUUUUAUCAGCAAUGCACUAUCACAU